AUGGUCGAGGUGACCUCUAUCCGCCUCACUCACGGGGAUUAUACCAUCGGAUGGGUCUGCGCAUUGCCAAAGGAGCAGACAGCGGCAUUUUACAUGCUCGACGAUCCGCAUGAGGAUCUCCCAAACCCGCUAAACGACCAUAAUGCAUAUGUCCUUGGCAGGAUUGGUAAACACAAUGUCGUCAUUGCUUGUCUGCCCAUGGGCAGGAUUGGCAAUAACAACUCAGCAACGGUUGCGGCCCGGAUGAUUACAACUUUUCCUAAUGUCAAGGUGGGUCUAAUGGUCGGCAUCGGAGGCGGCAUUCCCCCAGAUGUUCGACUCGGGGAUGUUGUCGUCAGUUGCCCGAAGAAUGGAGAUCCAGGCGUUAUCCAAUGGGAUAUGGGCAAGGCAGAAAAGGGGGGCGAGUUUAAGCGGACUGGCCGCUUGAACGAUCCGCCUACGGCUCUUCUGACGGCCUUGAGCAAGUUUGAGACCAACCCGGCUGGGUCUCGUGCCAAGAUUGUCGAUUACCUUGAAGAUCUCAAGCAUAAAAAGGGUGUGCCGACAGGCUAUAUCAAGUCAGACAAGCUCGUGGAUGUGCUAUACAAGUCAAAGUAUUCCCACGAAAAUGUGGUGGACGAUUGCCGGCUAUGCGAUCCAAGAAUGAUUCUCAAGAGGCAACCAAGAAGAGAGGAUCUAGUGGUCCACUAUGGCCUCAUUGCUUCGGGCAAUCAAGUCAUCAAAGACGCUAUCCUUCGAAACAAGUUGAAGAAAGAUUUCAAGAAUAAUGUUCUUUGUAUUGAGAUGGAGGCAGCGGGUUUGAUGAAUGACUUUCCAUGCAUUGUCAUCCGAGGCAUUUGCGACUACGCCGAUUCUCACAAGAACAAGGUUUGGCAGGAAUACGCGGCAGCAACGGCCGCGGCAUACGCAAAGGCUUUGCUUUCGGUGCUGCCGGAUAGUGAUGUUGAUAGGAUGCAAGCCAUCAAAGGCAAGCAGUCUCUCUAA